AAAUUUAUUAAGAAAAGAAAAAGGGGAAUGAAAGGAAAGAGAGCGACAGGGAAAGGAGAAACUUUUCUUUUACCAAAACGAAAGCAAGAAAAGUGAAAGACUGUAGUUUUUCCAUCUGGGAUUCCAUUCCAUCCGCUUUGAUCCACACGGAUUCUUGCUUUCUGGGUCUUGGGUUCUGAAAUCGAGACCAGGAGACUAGUGGAUUCGCUCUUGAUUUUGGUUUAGUUUGCUCGUUGUUUGGUGGGUUGUUACUGUUAAGAGAUUUGUUGGCUGAAUGUGGUUUUGGUUAGAUUCUAGUUGAGAUCUUACGUAAUUUUAGUGGGUUUUUGGCAUUUUUAGUUGUUUUCUGGUCUUCUAUUUAUGGUGCCUAGAUUCUUUACCAAGUUUAAGUUACAGGGUUCGAGUUUCUUUAUUAAUCUUAUCAUUAUUUGAGCCGUCAAGAACGCUCUCUUCUUAUUGGUGAAUUUUUUAAGAAUUGUUUUGGAAUUAUUGGGAAGCCGAAAGUUCAUGUACUGUUUGUUAACCUAUUUGAAUUCUUGAAAAGUUUGUAUUUUGGGUGAUCGGGAGAGCGUUUCAGCUUAGGAGAUAGUGGUUGCUUAAGUCAAGGAAUUUUUCAUCGUUCAACAAUUUUUAUAAUUUAUUUUUGCCCUCUCAAAUUUGGAGGGGAAGAUCUAUACUGCCAUUGUGGAGAUCUGGGACCUGUUUCAGCUUUUUUGUCCCAUGAGGACUCUUUUUCCUUCGGAUUCUUGUAAAGAACCACAGCUGAACGCUAUCAAUCCUCAGUCAUGGCUCCAGGUUGAAAGAGGCAAGCUUACGAAACUUGCACCGUGGUCUCCAUCUUCAAUAGAAUCUCUUAUCAAGGUUCCUGAACCUCGAAUUCUUCCGGUUUAUAAGCCUGUUGAUUAUGUUGAAGUGUUAGCUCAAGUUCACGAAGAACUUGAGAUGUGUCCUCCAACAGAGAGGUCGAAUCUUUACUUGCUUCAGUAUCAGGUCUUUAAAGGCCUUGGAGAAGCAAAAUUGAUGCGAAGGAGCCUUCGCUCUGCUUGGCUGAAGGCUAGCACUGUUUAUGAGAAACUCGUCUUUGGGGCAUGGUUGAAGUAUGAGAAGCAAGGUGAAGAGAUCAUCUCUGACUUGCUAACCUCUUGUGGUAAAUGUGCUAAGGAGUUUGGGGCUAUAGAUAUCGCCUCUGAAUUUCCUGCUUAUGAAACUCCAAGCUGUUCUGAUAUGCUGAAAGACAAUCUCUUGCAGCGUAUGGUAUCUUUUCAAAUUGGAGACGAGAAAAUAACAUGCAACAGACAUGAGAUUGCUCGACUUUCUGCUCCAUUUCAUGCCAUGCUUAAUGGCUGUUUCACAGAAUCCUUUAGUGAUGAAAUUGAUCUUUCUGAAAACAACAUUUCCCCUUCAGGUUUAAGAGCAGUUAGUAAUUUUGGCAAAACAGGAAGUUUAAGUGAAGUGCCCUGCACUCUCUUGUUAGAAAUAUUGGUGUUUGCCAACAGAUUUUGCUGUGAAAGCCUGAAAAAUGCAUGUGAUGAAAAACUUGCUUCCUUGGUGGUGUCCAGACAAGAUGCUGUGGAACUUAUGGAAUUUGCUCUUGAGCAGAAUUCUCCUGUAUUAGCCGCUUCUUGUUUGCAAGUGUUUCUACAUGAACUUCCUGAAUCACUGAAUGAUAAACAGGUAGUUCAACUGUUAAGCAGUCUUGAUGCACAACAAAGGUCAAUAAUGGUAGGGACUGCCUCAUUUUCUCUCUAUUCUUUGUUGACGGAAGUUGCGAUGGAUUCUGAUCCCUCCUCAGACACAGCAGUUCUUUUCUUAAAGCAGUUGGUAGACUGUGCUGGAACCAGCCGGCAGAAAAUGAUAGCGUUUCAUCAGUUGGGAUGUGUUAGACUUUUUAGAAAAGAAUAUGAUAAAGCGGAAAAGAUGUUCAAGGCUGCUCUGAGUGAAGGCCAUGUUUAUUCUGUUGUUGGCUUAGCCAGAUUAAGUCACAUCAAGGGGCACAAGCAUUGGCCUUAUGAAAAGAUCAGCUCUAUCAUAUCCUCUUAUAGUCCGCUUGGAUGGAUGUAUCAAGAGAGGUCAUUAUACUGUGAUGGCGACAAAAAGUUGGAAGAACUUGAGAGAGCUACUGAACUGGACCCAACCUUAACGUAUCCUUAUAUGUAUCGAGCUGCGUCCUUGAUGAGAAAACAGGAUGUUCAAUCAGCCCUUGCAGAGAUCAACAGGGUUCUUGGAUUCAAACUAGCACUAGAGUGCUUGGAGCUGCGGUUUUGUUUCUAUCUUGCUCUGGAGGAUUACCAAUCAGCUAUAUGUGAUGUUCAAGCAAUUCUUACUCUUUCGCCAGAUUACAGAAUGUUUGAUGGGCGAGUCGCAGCUUCACAACUGCGUACCCUUGUGCGUGAGCAUGUCGAGAAUUGGACAACAGCUGAUUGCUGGCUGCAACUUUAUGACAGAUGGUCUUUGGUUGAUGAUAUUGGAUCACUCUCUGUAAUAUAUCAGAUGCUGGAGUCUGAUGCCGCUAAAGGUGUUCUGUACUUUCGACAGUCUUUGCUUCUUCUCAGACUCAAUUGUCCUGAAGCCGCAAUGAGGAGCUUACAGCUAGCACGCCAGCAUGCAUCAAGUGAACCUGAAAGAUUAGUUUACGAGGGAUGGAUCUUAUAUGAUACUGGUCAUUGCGAAGAGGGACUGCGGAAAGCGGAGGAGUCUAUUAGUCUCCAAAGAUCCUUUGAAGCUUUUUUCUUGAAAGCAUAUGCUUUAGCCGACUCUAGUCAGGAUCCAUCUUGUUCGUCCACUGUUGUAUCACUUCUUGAAGAAGCUUUGAAGUGCCCUUCAGACAGACUUCGCAAAGGUCAGGCCCUGAACAAUCUUGGAAGUGUCUAUGUUGAUUGUGGUAAGCUAGAUGCUGCAGCUGAUUGCUACAUAAAUGCCCUCAAAAUACGACAUACCCGAGCACACCAGGGCCUUGCUCGAGUCCACUUUCUGAGAAAUGACAAAAAUGCUGCAUAUGCUGAGAUGACUAAACUGAUUGAGAAGGCAAGGAACAAUGCAUCUGCUUAUGAAAAGCGGUCUGAGUACUGCGAGCGUGAACUCACAAAGGCAGAUCUUGAGAUGGUCACACGCUUGGAUCCUCUUCGAGUUUAUCCAUACAGAUACCGCGCUGCAGUUUUAAUGGAUAACCACAAGGAGAAAGAAGCCAUUGCAGAACUGUCGAGGGCUAUUGCAUUCAAAGCAGAUCUUCACCUUCUUCACCUCCGAGCUGCAUUUCACGAGCACAUCGGCGAUGUCAUGGGAGCACUGCGAGACUGUCGGGCUGCUCUCUCCGUCGACCCUAAUCAUCAAGAGAUGUUAGAACUUCAUAGCCGUGUGAACAGCCAAGAGCCUUGAGAUCAUCAAGACAAGGAAUAGUGUUCCCACGGAAAAAGAGGAUAGCUUGUUUCAUUCAGUGCAUAGCUGAUGCUGCCUCCUCAAUGUGCCAACAAUCUUGUAGCUAAUUAUCACAAGAAAAAAGAAAAAAUCAUCUUGAAGUUGUAUCAUCUUACUCUCUCUCUCUCUUGAUUUUUGUUUACUUGGAAAUUUUUUGUCUAUAUAUAAUCUUGUUAUCAGAUGCAAAGUUGAUGGCCCUUCGUGUGGAGAUA